AUGGUGCUGCCCUGCGCCCGCAACAGCGGCGGCGCCGGCGGCUGGCUGCCCCCCGAGGAGCCCCGCGGCCGCAGCAACUCCAUCCCCCCGGCGCAGACCCCCACGGCCAAGCACAUGCUGGCCUACCUGCCCCGGCCGCCCACCGACACCAGCCGCUACGGCACCUUCCCGCAGAAGCCCGAUGUGCCGGCCGCCUCCGGGGCUCCGGCGGAGGACGGCGGGCAGAAAGCCGCCGCCGCCGCCGCCAAGAGAGGCGCCGCGAUGCCAAACUACCCAUCCGCACCCCGUCACGGCGGCUUUGUCGCCGGUGAGCCGUCCCUGCCGCCGAGCCGCGGGAGCCUGAGCGCCCAGCAGCACCGCGGCCGCCCGUCCUGGUGCCCGCCGCCCGCCCCGCAAGAGGCGGCUGCCCGCUUCUACCCGCUGCACGCCCUGAGCGUGGCCAACAUCCCCAACUCGUCCCGCGGCAAGACCUCCGCCCGCAGCUCCACCGCUCCCACCCCGGAGGGGCUGCAGGGCCGGCGCUGCAAGCUGCUGGAGGAGGACAGCCCCAUGGCCCAGGCCGGCCGGCGGCAGCGGCAGCGCUACGUGACGAAAGUGGGCAAGUGCCAGGUGAAUCUGGGCAACAUCCAGGACAAGAAGAGGUUCCUCUCAGACAUCUUCACCACCAUCGUAGACCUCAAGUACCGCUGGUUCCUCUUCGUCUUCAUGAUGUGCUAUGUCGUCACCUGGGUGGUCUUUGGCUUCAUCUACUUCCUGGACGCCUGGAUGCGCGGCGAUGUGUGGCACCAGGGCGAUCCCGAGUGGCAGGCGUGCAUCGAGAACGUCGACGGCUUCGUCUCAGCCCUGCUGCUCUCGGUGGAGAGCCAGCGGACCAUCGGCUACGGCACACGGAUGGUGACGGCCAACUGCGCCGAGGGCGUCAUCCUGCUGAUCGCCCAGUCCAUCGUGGGCUCCAUGAUCGACGCCAUGAUGGUCGGCUGCAUGUUCGUCAAGAUCUCCCGGCCUAAGAAGCGCGCCCAGACCCUCAUCUUCAGCAAGAACUGCGUCAUCUCCCUCCGGGAUGAGAAGCUCUGCCUGAUGUUUCGUGUGGGGGACCUGCGGGAAAGCCACAUGGUGGAUGCCAAGAUCCGGGCAAAGCUGAUCAAGUCCCGCCAGACGGCCGAGGGGGAGUUCAUCCCCCUGGAGCAGUCAGAGCUGAACCUGGGCUAUGACACGGGCGAGGACCGUCUGUUCCUGGUGGAGCCCCAGAUCAUCUGCCACGUCAUCAACCGCCACAGCCCUUUCUGGGACAUGUCGGCCGAGUCACUGCGCCGGGAGCAGUUUGAAAUCAUCAUCAUCCUCGAAGGCAUCGUGGAAGCCACAGGAAUGACGUGCCAAGCCCGCACCUCCUACACGGAGGACGAGAUCCUCUGGGGAUACCGCUUCGAGCCCUGCAUGUCCCUGGAGAAAGGCGCCUUCCAGGUGGACUACAGCCGCUUUGAGAUGACCUUUGAGGUGCAGACGCCAGCGGCCAGCGCCAAGGAGCUGCAGGAGCUGCGGGAGCUGGAGCAGCAGGAGCACUCCACGCUCAGCCUCUACUGGGACCAGCUGGUGCAGCCGUGCGCGCUGCCGGGGCCCGGCCAGGAUUCCCUGCUGGGGAUGGCUGUCCCUGCCACAGCCCCCGGCCAGGAUUCCCUGCUGGGGAUGGCUGUCCCUGCCAGCACAGCCCAGGGCGGCCGGGACGAGCCAGCGCAGCGGGACUGCCCUGCCUGAGCCCCCCGGGCCCGGUGCCCCACGCCAACAGUGCCAUAGCCCACCCUGCUCUGUGGGGCUGAGCCCUCGCCCCCCCGCUCCC